GUUUUAAACAAAAAUCAAUAUGUUUAGAUAUAUUCUGGAGUCUAGUUAUGUUCCAAUAGAGAAUCUCAAGUUUGGCCGAGUAUCCUACAAGGGAAUGAACCCUGAGAUAGAAACCAUCAUGUUAGAGGACACAACACGGGAAGAAAACCUGAGACAAGUUGAGCUGGAAGUAACAGAUCAGGAGAUGGCAGAGAGAUACAGUAAUCUGGUCGGAACCAUCAACAACAAGUUCAACAAGAAGCGUGACAAGGAAGGAAAACGUGUUGGGAGCAAAGGAACAAAUGCGUCAAAUAAUCCACAAAUUAUGGCUCAAGCGGCAUCAUUUCUUGCACAGGUGCGAAAAGAAACAGAACAGAAUCUUGCGAAGAAAGCAAAUUUCCAGAAACCCUCCGAAGAUGAAUAAAAUGUUCAUUCAAAAAUUAAUUGUGAUAAUUUUAUUAUAUUUUUUUCUUGUGUCAA